AUGCGGAUAUUCCUGGGGGUGGGGUCGCAAGUUCCUCUCAUCUACAUUAUCCAGCGGCUCUGGCAAAAAGUCAUGGAUGCUGAGAGACAGUUUCGCACCUUCAGCUUGCAGAAGGUCAGGUGCUACUGCUGUUCUGUAAACCACCUGGACAAAAGUGGAAAUUCCAUUCCUUGCGACAAGGAAAUAAUCGAAGAUUGCAUUGUCGAGUGGUACGGCUCUGUAGAAGACUUCGAGGUGGGUGUCCGCACCCAUGUGCACGAUGCCUUUAUUGAGCAGGUGACCCGCUUUCCUCUCGGGUAUCAAUGGACGGUCGGGAUGACCACGUGCAUACUAUGGGGACAGCUGGAUGCCAUCGCGGCCCGGGCACAUGGUGGCGCCUAUAGUUAUGCUGCCUCCGUACUGGUUGUCACCAUGGCCUGGUAUCUGUGGAUCACACCAACGCACUUCUUGAUCAUGAUCAGGAUUAUUGCCUACAUGAUGCAGAUCUGGCAGUCGAAAUCACUCCUCCUUCGUUGUUUCGCCACUUGCGUCGGCUACAUGGUCAUUGGGGUGCUUACAUUUGUUCCCCAUGCUCUUCAAGCGGUACUAUACCAAGUCAAUCCCGAGCCUCUGAUCGGUUCGGCUGUGUUCUGGGUCGUGGCUCUGUGCGUUGCAUUGGUAAGCCAUUACUUUCUUGCCAGGCCCUGGAAGCAAGGGCCAGGGACAGCACACGCAAAAGAUUCGAUUUGA